CUUCACCAGUAGUGCUUCUGUUAUUUAUACUCUACUUGUGCAAACUUCUGUUCCAACAAAAUUUGCAAGCCAAGAGAAACACAUUUACAUUUUGUUGUUUCCCUUGAAUAGAUAGAAAAUACAACAAUGGGAGCUCAACAUUCUCAUCCUUAUGGUGGUCAAAUGGACCAUGGUGGUUCCGCAAUUCAAGAAAUCCACUCCAAGCAUGAAUGGCGGAGCUCAACAUUCUCAUCCUUAUGGUGGUCAAAUGGACCAUGGUGGUUCCGCAAUUCAAGAAAUCCACUCCAAGCAUGAAUGGCGAAUUCUAUUGGAAAAAAACUACGGCUCGAAUCAUCUGAUGGUGGUGGAUUUUACGGCAUUAUGGUGUGGGCCAUGCAAGUUUUUCGAGCCGACUAUUAUAGAGUUUGCUUUGAAAUUCCGAGAUGUGACCUUUGUCAAAAUCGACGUUGAUGUACUGCCGGAGGUGGCGAACGAUUUUAAUGUAACAGCAAUACCAGCGUUUGUAAUGAUCAAAGAAGGUAAAGAAAUCGAUAAGGUCGUGGGAGUCAAUAAGGAAGCACCGGAGAUGAAGAUAGAGAAACACAGAUCACAAGGGCAGCAACACCCAUUACUGUUGCAACAUUUAUGAGAUAUUAGCUAUCAUUUUGCCUGCAUUUUGUAAACCUUGAGAUUAUUACAAGUCUCUCUAAAUUUAAUGAUAAAAAAGUGUGAUGUUUUC